UGCUUCUGCAUUUUUACAACUAAAGCUUCUGAGAACAAUGUGAACAGUUUGACUUGAAGCGAUCUGUGGAGUUCAUGUUUAAAAUGCAGACCAUUUCAAGUUGUAUAAUCCUCUCUAUGUUACUAUUAAAUAUUUUGUGUACAGGUCAUGGAAACAAGGGCUGGGGCAUCACCUUCAAUCCACCAGAAGUUACUGCAGUUCCAGGAUUAUGUGCUCUGAUUUCAUGUACCUUCACCUAUCCAGACAAGGCAAACCCUAUUGAUAACGUUCAGUGGAAAGUGUGUAGUAAAACAGGCGAAUGUAAGAAUGACAUUUUCAAGGGGAAAGUGAGUACACAAAACGAAAACAAAUUAGAAGAGAAGGAAACUGAAACAGAACGGAUUAAGAUGCUUGAACCCGACAUGUCCAAAACCAACUGCAGCAUCAUCAUGAAAGACAUAAAAGCAGAAGAUGAAAAUGAGUAUGCAUUCAGAGUGGAGGGGCAGAAAACAUAUAAAAACACAUUUAAUCCCACAGUUAAAAUUAUCAUUCAAGACAAGCCUAUAAUGGAUGUUCCUCCUCUCAGUGACGGGGUGGAGGCCAAUCUGACAUGUUCAGCUCCUUUUCCUUGCCCUGAAACUCCUCCUGAAAUAAAAUGGUGGAUCAAAACAAGAGAAGGAAAUAUCUUAAGUUAUAAGGAUGACAACAUCAUUCUGAUCUCCUCCACAAGCCUUUACCUCUCAACUUUGACUUUAACGCCAACCUCCAAGCUGCACAAUGCCACUGUAGGAUGUGACGUGAGCUAUGGAGACAAAACCAUCAGUACCAGUAGGACCUUAGAAGUCAUGUAUGUACAGACUCUUCGAAUUCUGGGUAAUAACAGAGUAAGGGAAGGUGACACUCUCAGCCUGAUCUGCACUGUUGAGUGUCACCCACCAUCCUCUGAUCCUGUAUGGAGUUUCAGUGGAUCCACAGAUACAAUCAGGAACCACACGUCUGCAGAAAAUCUCAUGAUUACCAAUGUGAGAAAGGAGCAUGCUGGGAUAUACGUCUGUGAGAUGACAUAUAGGAAUGAGACUUUGAAAGCAUCCAUCACUAUCAGUGUCAUUCGUAAAGAAGAUUUUCAAAUGCAAGUGGACAUUAGAAUGAUAACAGGAUUCUUGACUGGAAUAUCAAUGUCAGCAGUCAUCUUCUCUGUGGUUUUGUGCUGUCAUGAGUCUUGGCAAAGCAGAGAUAAGAUACAUGAAGUGAUGGACACAAACACAUACACUGAAGUUAUACUGGAGGUUUUUUAUGACCAAGAAGGACAUCAUAAAGAGUGAAGUUAAUUAUUAAAAAAGCUCAUAAAGAGUUCCUUAAAAUCCAAUUAUGUUGGAUUUUGUUUAUUCUAAAAUUGUAAAAUAUCUGGAUUUUACUGCUAUUUCAUUUGUUAUGUUUAUAAUAUUUAGUCUAGAUUUUAUAUACUCUUUACAAAAGCAGAAAUCUAAGAUUAUUUUGUCUGUAGGAUUAAAAAUCCUUAUAUUAUAUUAUAUUAUAUUAUAUUAUAUAAAAAUUAUGAAUUGAAUAGUUCUGCCAUUCCUUAUAGUUUUCUUCUUGCUCCGAUGUACUUUUUAUUUUUUAUUUUUUUUUAAUUAAACUGUGUGAAUUACUUCGAAGUGUUCAAAUUCAUCAUUUCACCCUUUCUGUGUUUUAAAGGAUGUUAGUAGAACUAAAGAAAAUUUUAUACACCCCAGGGGCCGUAUUCACAAAACUUGCCGGAAUUUUAGGACUAAGAGUAGGCCUAUUUCACAAAGCAUUUUAGCGCUAAAACUAGCUCCUAAAUCUGUGAAAAGUUAGGAGUAGUCAAGAGGACUCCUAAAUCACUAAGACCAAAUCACAAACAAUCCUAAUGGCCGUUGCUGCCAAUCCGCCUCAGCAAUCAGCCCAAGACACUGUACAUCCUUGAGAGAAUAGCGAUAGUUUGAAUCCACGAUAAAACGCCAAAAAUAAAUCUUUAAUAAAUAAAUAAAUAAUGUCCGAUUAUCUGUGGCAGUUGUUUUCACGAGGUCACAUUUACAAAUGAUCGAAUAGAGUAAAAAAAAAAUAUAAUAAGCAUAUUUUGCGUGCUGUCCAAGGGGAUCGAGGGCUCCGAGCUUGGAAUUUAUCCCAAACCCAGAGUUCUCCUCAUAUCCCCAGCCGAGAGUGAGGGGUUGCGGAGGAAUGCAGAAAACUGUUGAGGUAACUAUAAGUGAGUCUGCUCUCGUCUGUGUAUAUAGCCUACCUCCUCUCAAGCUGAUUAGAUAGACCGUUUGAAUGUGCUCCUCCCAAAAUUUGUUUAUUAAACAUCAUUUGUCGCUUGAAUUCUGCAAUCUCUUGAGACACAGACAUGUAAAAGGCGGACAAUUAACUGAAGGUAGGCUAUACUAGUUUAAUUAGUGACACUUAGCAUACAUUUUAAAACCUUUAUUUGAAUAUGGCAACAUUUUUAUUUUAAAAUCUUUAUUUGAAUAUGGCAACAUUUAUAUUUUAAAACCUUUUUUUGAAUAUGGCAACAUGAUACCUCAUUCUACAAUAUUUCUAUGAUCGCUGACAGAGACCCCUCCCCCAUCAGCCAAUCACUGUGUGCAUAGUUAAUAAGCGUGUUGACAUCAUCCAUAGACAUAGGUCAACCCCGCCCUUACACUUAGUUUAAGACUUCUGUCUAUUCCUUAGUAAAAGUUUGUCUUAGCAGCUUUGUGAAUAGGUUUUCAGAGAAAACUAAGAACUUUUACUGCUAUUUAUGAGAACUCUUAGUGGUAAGAUAAAAUGUUUUGUGAAUACGGCCCCAGGUGUAUAUUAUCUGCACAUAUGAGAAACUGUGUAGAACAUGGAAAUUUGUGUUAUUUAUUUAUUUGGAAAAUGUGAGUAAAACAUUUGACAUAUUGGGUAUAAUAUUAAGAAUGAAUGUGUGCAUAUUGUGAAUGAAUUUAAUAAAUGUGGUCACUGGCU